AUGCCUGUUCCUUUCGAGACUCUCCUGCCCUACGCCAUCAUGAUCGGCAUGUUUGGUGCAACUGGUGCUGGAAUGACUGCUUUCAAGAAGUGGCAGAACGAGGGCCUCAUGCCCCGUUACUCCCUGGAUCAGUGGGAUAGACAAAUGAUGGAGCGUGAUCGCCGAUUGACGGGAACUUUCAGAGGUCAAACGGACAACCCUGUAGCACCACCUGGUUUCGAAUUCAGCAAUGGAUGGAAGUUGGAAAAGAGAUACACCUAA